AUGACUAAGACUCUCCACCUGUACGAACCGCACUUCAUCUCCCUGGUGGAGGAGUGUAUGGCUUCGGAGCACAAGCUCAUGGCUACGGCGGUUCUGGAGCCGUUCUUGGGGGAUGAGAUCAGCGAGGCAGAUGCGGGGCCGGGGGCCUUCGUCGGGGGGUACAACUUCUCGCUGUCCUGCGGCUGCUUGGUACAGGUGCUGAGUGCCAAGCCGUACACUGGCGGUUACCUGGUUCGCAUCCGGGGGGAGGCCCGGCUGGGUAUCAGCGGACUGCCCCAGACCGGGCCGUACUUGCGAGCGCAGGUGUACCCCCUACCCGACCAGCCCACUCCGCUGGCGGCGGAUCAGCAGGAGGAGCUGAGGAGCAAGGUGACACAGCUGCAGGACAUUCUGCGGGACGUGCAGAACCUGGCGUCCAAGUUCCGGUGUGAUGAGACCGCGGCGCUGCAGCAGGCCAUGCGCUGGCUGUAUGCGGCGCCCAUAACGCCGGGGAUACAGCAGCCCUCUCCCGGGGUGCACGGCUGCAUGGACCCGGAACCGGGUCUUGCAGGACAAGAACCGCUCUUCGCAGCAGGCGGCACAGCCAGCGGUCGCGGCGCCGGUGGCGACCCGGGCGCGAGCGGUUCCGUUCACGACAACUACGACCGCAACGUUUGCAGUACAAGUAGCGGCCGGGACAACAGCGCCGCCGGCAACAGCUGCGACGGCGGCGGCGGUUCCGGCGCCGCAGCCACCGACGGGGCGAUGUCGCUUCCAUCUCACCGCCACAGAUCGUCCCUCGGGAACCAAGCAGAUGGGGAGGGUGCACUGGUCGCAGGCGGGGUUGGCGAGGGCAGAGGGGGGCACCACGCGGCGGCAUCAGCUCAAGCAGGUGUUGGGGCCCAUGUGGUGGUUAGGACGGAGGGACCCGCAGCAAACACCGGGGUCGACGACGACGGCGAGGAGGACUUCGACCCGGAGGGGGCGGUGCGGCUGUCCUGGGCUUCAUUGCAGUGGCUGCCGCACGCCAGUACGGAGGAGCGCAUGUACAUGGUGCGCACCCGGCUGCUAGCCAUGGAUACCAGAGAUGUAGGUCGGCGACUGGACCUGGCGCUGGAGGCCAUGAGCCGGGCAAGAGCCAGCCUGGCGGCUAAGUGCGCCAUCAAAGCCGCCAGCUGAAGCCGUGACGUUUAAUGUUUGGGCCCCGCGAGUCGCGAGUGGCGACACAGCUCCCGUGUGUGUGUCUGUGUGUAUGUAACGUCACGCAGCAUCGCGUCAUGGUAGUUUGAAAUGAUGAUGGAGGGAUGUGGUGUUCGUUGGGGUGCAGGGGGAACGGGACACAGCAGGAGGGGCAGGACAGGACACGGCAGGGGUGCAAACUGCGUACGGCGGUCUUGAGAUCGGGGGCCCAUCACGCGGUCAAUGGCGGUUCUUAUUAGAGAGACUGUUACGGUUGAGUAGCGGCUCCCCCGGACUGUUAGGGUGGUAAGGAUUUACACCUCUCCUCCGUAUGCCUGUUGGGGUACAUGAGGACAGUAUGGACGGGUGGGUGGAUUGGUACGACCAACGUCGUACGUGGCCUGCGACUUUUGUUCGUAUAGGAACUAUUGUUUCAUAGCGAACGAGGCUGCCGUGUUGUUUUUAGCAGCAUUGGGUAGCGUACCUGCCGCAAGAUUGGAUGAAUGAUCACCAUCAAAUCCACUUGGGUAACCAUAUCCGCUUGAAGGUUGCAUUAUUUGCGUGUUUCCCAUUUCCUAGUCAUCGCGCCAAUUAUAACACAAUUUAAAAAGUUUCGAGUCC